AUGGCGCCGCUCUCCGACGCACCGUCCCGAACAUCCAGUGAAGACUCGCUCUCCAACCUGGAACUGAUGGCGGAGACACAGAGAGCAGGCAAGCCUAAGACACGGAGCAGCCCCCCAGUCACUGAAGACCGACUGAAAGCCCGACAUAUUGUGGCGGACAUCAACUCAUUUAAAGAGGAAAUCCAUGGGGUGUCAGUGAGACUGCAUAACACAGAAAUCAGCACAGCAGCACACGAGGCCCGCAUUAAUAGCCUUGAGAAUGAGCUGACUAAGACCAAGAACAAUUUAAUCCAAACCCAGCAUCAAGUUGCAGCAAUGAAAGAUCGUAGGCGAUGGAACAUUGUUAAAAUAAGGGGCCUGGCUGAAAGCGGAACAACUGCGGAAAUCCCCCACCUCAUCCGAAGACUGCUAUCCAGCUUAUUCGCACCAAAACAAGCCAAAGCCAUGAUGCUGGAGGGGUGCUACAGGCUACCACAACUGCAAGCGAACUCCCAGCAAACCGUUGAUACCUCACGAGACUGGGACUCACAAAAUUGCCGACAUAACUGA